AUGCACGCUGGGAGUUGUAGUCCGGCCGGCAUUGGCCCGGCGCGGCACCUCCCUCGCCAGCGCUCCUCCCCGCUCCGGCUCUCCCUCGGCAGACGGAAGCCGGGCAGGGACGAGGGAGCCGAAGGCUGGAGCGGCAGGAUGGGGGACUCCAAAGUGAAGGUGGCGGUGCGUGUCCGCCCCAUGAACCGGCGAGAGCUUGAUCUGCAUACAAAAUGUGUGGUGGAUGUGGAUGCAAACAAGGUUAUUCUUCACCCAGUAAACACCAACCUUUCAAAAGGAGAUGCCAGCAGGACUCACCCAAAGGUGUUUGCAUAUGAUCACUGCUUUUGGUCUAUGGAUGAAUCUGUCAAAGAAAAAUAUGCAGGUCAAGAUGUUGUUUUCAAGUGCCUUGGAGAGAAUAUUCUGCAGAAUGCCUUUGAAGGCUACAAUGCUUGUAUCUUUGCCUAUGGGCAAACUGGGUCUGGAAAAUCCUACACCAUGAUGGGAACUGCUGAUCAGCCUGGAUUAAUCCCUAGACUUUGCAGUGGGCUCUUUGAAAGAGCACAGAAAGAAGAAAAUGAAGAGCAGAGUUUCAAAGUGGAAGUGUCCUACAUGGAGAUUUACAAUGAGAAAGUCAGAGAUCUCCUUGACCCCAAAGGAAGCCGUCAGUCAUUAAAGGUUAGAGAACACAGUGUUUAUGGCCCUUACGUAGAUGGCCUAUCCAAACUAGCUGUUGCUAGCUACAAGGACAUCGAGUCCUUGAUGUCUGAGGGCAACAAAUCUCGGACAGUGGCUGCCACCAACAUGAACGAGGAGAGCAGUCGGUCCCACGCUGUCUUCAAGAUCAUCCUCACCCACACCCUCUAUGAUGUGCAGUCAGGGACAUCAGGUGAGAAGGUGGGCAAGCUCAGCCUGGUGGACUUGGCAGGCAGUGAAAGGGCAACUAAAACUGGUGCUGCAGGAGACAGGCUGAAAGAAGGAAGCAACAUUAACAAAUCCCUCACAACUCUGGGGCUGGUUAUUUCUGCCCUGGCAGAUCAGGCUGCUGGCAAGAACAAGAACAAAUUUGUUCCAUAUCGUGAUUCUGUGCUCACUUGGUUACUUAAAGACAGCUUGGGUGGCAACAGCAAGACAGCCAUGGUGGCCACGGUGAGCCCUGCUGCCGACAACUACGACGAGACGCUGUCGACGCUGCGCUACGCGGACAGAGCCAAGAACAUCGUCAACCACGCCGUGGUCAACGAGGACCCCAACGCCCGAAUCAUCCGCGAGCUCCGGGAGGAGGUGGAGAAGCUGAGGGAGCAGCUCACCAAGGCUGAGGCUAUGAAAUCACCAGAAUUGAAAGAACGAUUGGAGGAAUCAGAAAAGUUGAUUCAGGAGAUGACCGUGACCUGGGAAGAAAAAUUGAGAAAAACUGAAGAGAUAGCUCAGGAGCGUCAGAAACAGCUGGAAAGCCUUGGCAUAUCCCUGCAGUCCUCUGGAAUUAAAGUUGGGGAUAAUAAGUGUUUCCUGGUUAAUUUGAAUGCAGAUCCAGCUCUCAAUGAACUCCUGGUGUACUAUUUAAAGGAGCACACGUUGAUAGGCUCAGACAAUUCUCAAGAUAUCCAGCUGUGUGGAAUGGGAAUUCUUCCUGAGCACUGCAUCAUAGACAUCACCCCAGAAGGCCAGGUUAUGCUGACACCUCAAAAAAAUACCAGGACAUUUGUAAAUGGUUCUGCUGUCGUGUGUCCCAUCCAGCUCCACCAUGGAGACAGAAUCCUGUGGGGAAACAACCACUUCUUCAGGCUGAAUUUGCCAAAGAAGAAAAAGAAGGCAGAUCAUGAGGAUGAGGAGAGGGACAACUCCAUGAAGUGCAGUAACAGUGUGGAGCAGCUGGAUAUAGAUGGGGACAAUUCCAGUGAGGUGUCCAGUGAGAUUAACUUCAGCUAUGAAUAUGCCCAGAUGGAAGUCACCAUGAAAGCUCUUGGUAGUAAUGACCCCAUGCAGUCAAUCCUGCAAAGCCUGGAGCAGCAGCACGAGGAGGAGAAGAGAUCAGCCCUGGAGAGGCAGAGGUUGAUGUACGAGCACGAGCUGGAGCAGCUGCGGAGGCGCCUCUCUCCCGAGAAGCAGCAAUUCCGCAGCAUGGACAGGUUCUCCUUCCACUCCCCCAGUGCCCAGCAGCGCCUCAGGCAGUGGGCAGAGGAGAGAGAAGAAAUGCUGACCCACAGCCUGAGGAAGCUGCGAGAGCAGAUUGUUAAAGCCAAUCUGUACGUGAGAGAAGCCAGUUUUAUUGCAGAGGAACUGGACAAGAGGACAGAGUACAAAGUGACCCUCCAGAUCCCAGCUUCAAGCCUUAAUGCCAACAGCAAGAGAGGUGCAAUUCUCAGCGAGCCUGCAAUCCAGGUGAGGAGGAAAGGGAAAGGCAAACAGAUCUGGUCACUGGAAAAGCUGGAAAAUCGACUGGUGGAUAUGAGGGACCUUUACCAGGAGUGGAAAGACUGUGAAGAAGACAAUCCAGUGAUGAGAGCUUAUUUCAGGAGAGCUGAUCCCUUCUACGAUGAGCAGGAGAACCACAGCCUUAUUGGAGUAGCCAAUGUUUUCCUUGAGUGCCUGUUCUAUGAUGUGAAGCUGCAAUAUGCUGUUCCAAUCAUCAAUCAGAAGGGAGAGGUUUCAGGUCGUCUCCACGUGGAAGUUGUUCGAGUGAGUGGGGAAAUCGAUGACAGGCUGGUGGGAGGUGAGGACAGUCCUGACUACUCCAACGAAAAUGACAUCCAGGAGAGAAAACUUGUCUGCAGGAUUAAAAUACUUCAAGCUACAGGUUUGCCACAGCACCUGUCCAACUUUGUGUUCUGCAAAUACACAUUUUGGGAUCAAGUGGAGCCAGUUAUUGUUGCCCCUGAGGUGGAUCCUUCCCAGUCUUCCAUCAGCAAGGAGCCACGGUGCAUGGUUGUCUUUGAUCACUGCAAUGAGGUUUCUGUGAAUAUUUCUGAAGACUUCAUGGAACAUCUUUAUGAUGGUGCUUUGGCCAUUGAAGUUUAUGGUCACAAGCAGAGCGGUGACCGCAAAAACCCAGCCCUGUGGGAUUUGGGAAUAAUUCAAGCCAAAACACGCAGCCUUCGGGACAGGUGGAGUGAGGUGACCCGAAAAGUGGAGCUGUGGGUUCAGAUCCUGGAGCUCAAUGAGAACGGGGAGUACUGCCCAGUGGAGGUGACCCCUGCCAAGGACGUCAGCACAGGAGGCAUCUUCCAGCUCAGGCAGGGGCAAUCUCGACGAAUCCAGGUUGAAGUGAAAUCUGUGCAGGAAUCUGGGACCUUGCCACUGAUGGAGGAAUCCAUAUUAUCUGUUGGCAUUGGCUGUGUUCAAAUAAAACAUGCCAAGUCUCAAAAUUAUCAGGAAGAAGAGGAUGAAAUGGACAGUUACCAGGACAGGGAUUUGGAGAGGCUCCGUCGGAAGUGGCUCUGUGCCUUAACAAAGCGCCAGGAGUACCUUGAUCAGCAGCUGCAGAAACUCGUGGGCAAACCUGAUAAAACAGAGGACGACGCCGAUCGGGAGGCUCAGCUUUUGGAGAUGAGGUUGACUCUCACCGAAGAAAGGAAUGCUGUGAUGGUUCCUUCUGCUGGCAGUGGCAUCCCUGGAGCUCCAGCAGAGUGGACUCCUGUGUCUGGUAUGGAAACUCACAUUCCUGUCAUAUUCCUUGACCUGAAUGCUGAUGACUUCAGCUCCCAGGAUAACCUGGAUGACCCAGAGGCAGGAGGCUGGGAUGCCACUCUGGUGGCAGAGGAGGAGGAGGAAUUCUUUGAGCUGCAGAUUGUGAAGCAUCACGACAGUGAGGUGAAAGCAGAAGCCUCGUGGGACUCCACGGUCCACGACUGCAUCCAGCUCAGCAAGGGCACGGUGGCAGAGGAGAGGGUUUACCUGAUUGUCAGAGCCACUGUCCAGCUCAGCCACCCCGCAGAGAUGCAGCUGGUGCUGAGGAAACGCAUCUGUGUCAACGUCUAUGGCAGACAGGGUUUUGCACAGAGUUUCCUGCGAAGAAUGUCCCCCCGAAGUUCCAUCCCUGGCUGUGGCGUCACUUUUGAGAUAGUCUCCAACAUUCCAGAGGAUGCUCAAGGGGCUGAGGAGAGGGAGGCACUGGCCAGGAUGGCAGCAAACGUGGAAGAUGCAGCUUCAGCUGACUCUGAAGCCUACAUUGAGAAAUACCUGAGGAGCGUCCUGGCCGUGGAGAACAUCCUCACCCUGGACAGGCUGCGCCAGGAAGUUGCUGUAAAGGAGCAGCUGAUGGGGAAAGGAAAACUCUACCGCAGGAGCCUGAGCUCCCCCAACGUGAAUCGGCUUUCUGCAAGCCGCCAGGAUUUAGCCCCUCCUUAUAACCUGAGCAGUAACAGGAGUCCAAAGGUCCCAGCAGAGGGUCGAUGGGAGAGUCAGCAGGAUGUGUCCCAAGGUGCCACAAACUCCAGUAGAGGCAUUAGUCCCUCUAGAACCUCCCUGCCAGGCUCUGGGCAGCAAAACCACUCUCCUGAUCCAGGUAUUGGUAGCCUGGCUGCUUCCUACCUGAAUCCUGUCAAGUCCUUUGUGCCUCAGAUGCCAAAGCUGCUGAAGUCCCUGUUCCCUGUUAGAGAUGAGAAAAAGGGCAGGCAGAGCUCCCCCUUAGCACAGCAGGCUGUCCCACGAAUUAUGGUUCAGUCAGCCAGUCUGGAUGCCAGUGCUGCAAGGAUAAAACAGAUGAGCCAAGAGGAAGCAGCAAAGCAGCCUCUGGAAACUGUGGCACAGACAGCCGAGGUGGACAAGAGUCUGGAGAAGCCACCCAAAGUGCCUUUGCAGCCACCCACAGGGGAAAUCCAGGCCCAGGACUGCCAGGAGGGACCUCCAAGCCCCCUGAGUGAAGCCUCCAGUGGAUAUUUUUCCCACAGUGUCUCCACAGCCACCCUAUCCGAGGCCCUGGCUGCGGGAAGCGACGCUGUGGCUCAGCCAGGUCUAACACCUGCAGGGAGUGACUCCCCUGCUCCUGCAGUGGCUCAGGUCCCUUCUGAUGUGCAGGGACACUCAGACAGGGCUUCUGAGAGCUCUCUGGCCACAAAGAGGGAGAAUCCCCCCACCUUCAGCCUUCCAAGUGCUCCCCCCAGACCGAGGGAUAGCCCCGAAGUCAAUGGAAAGUCUUGCACUUCUCCUUAUCCCAGCGAGCAGGGAAACGAUGCCUCUGCAGCCACUGAUGGAAAACCUCUUCUCUCUACCUCCACUCUGAGGGAGUCACUAUCCAAACAAUCACUGGAGGCAGCAGGACAAGCCAGGAGAAAGGAGACAUAUUCUGGGGCUUCAGAACUGGGGUUUCCUAAAGCUCAUUCCGAGCAGCCCAGCACUGCAGCAUCCCCCUUCAAAAUCCAGAAGGUGAAGACCUCGGAGCUGAGAUCCUUCACGAGCAUGCUGGGGUCAGAUCCCACGAGUUCCCUGGGCACAGAAGAGCAGCAGGAAGGAGAAAAGAGCACAUCCAGUGCCCGUGGACUGAACCACAACGGGUCAGAGACAGCAGAGGAAAAACUGGAGGUGAUUUCUGACUCAGAAGAUGGCAACGAAAUUCCUGAGUGGCUGAAAGAAGGAGAAUAUGUCACAGUUGGCACGAAUAAAACUGGCAUUGUGAGAUACAUUGGGCCCACAGACUUCCAGGAAGGAACAUGGGUUGGUGUGGAGCUGGAUUUGCCUUCAGGUAAGAACGACGGCUCCAUCGGAGGGAAGCAGUAUUUCAGGUGUAACCCCGGCUAUGGGUUGCUGGUGAAGCCGGGCAGGGUGAGGAAGGCCCCGGGCCCGGCGCGGCGCCGCAGCUCCGGCCUCAGGCUGCAGGGAGACAACAGGAGGAGCGGGAACUUCUCUGGGUCUGCCUCCAACCUGGCCUCCCUCACAGCCCUGGCCAAGGCAGAGGGAGGAUCCACGCUGCGACUGGAGAAGAGCCAGAAAAACGCGGAGAACAGGAAAUCCUGGGCGAACUGAGAGAUCCCAGCCCAGCAAACGCCCUGGGACGCGGCCGGGGGAGCUUCGGGAAGCAAAACCAAGCAUGGCAGCUUCCAGUUGGUGGCAAACACUAAUGAAGGGUUUGUUCUCUCUGCUCUGGGUGAUUGACAGAUAAUUCUUUGCCUCGUGGUGGUGCUGGAUCCUUCGUUUCCUGUCCCAAGUCCUGGCGUCUCCGAUGGCAGCCGGG